AUAUGAGGUGAAUCCGUCUUGCUCGCGGUCACAUGGUGGUGGUCAGCUAACGGAGGCGUAUUAUCUUACGACAUCAGUUAGCUGGCUGGCUAGUUUGCUAACUUAGUUUUGUUCAGCAGCCUGAAGUAGAUUCAGCUAGAUCCGCCCGGGCCGACGCUGCUGGCGGAUGAAGGGAUUCGUGCAUUGUCAUCCAUCAUGUUGAAGUCGUUCCGUUAUUUUUAGCUAGCACCGCAGGCUAGCGCAGCUAAUAGAGGCAAUCAAAACGUGACUAAUCGGUUUGUUUAAAAAAAAAAAACAAUACCAAUGGAGCAGUGGCAGGAAGCGGCCUCUGAGCAGUUCAAUCUGCUCACAAAGCGUCUGAAUGAACUGCUGUCCAAAGGCCUGGGGCUGCUGCGCUCCGAGCUCGGCGUGGAUUUGGGACUGAAGCCGGAGCUUAUUCCGCCGUGGGUGAUCCUCUUAGCGGCGUGUACCGGUCUGGUGCUGAUGGUAGCUCUGUGGGCCUCAACCUGCCGGUCUCUCUUCAAGAAACGACCCGCUGAAAACGCAGCGGACGACGGCAUUGCGGAAAAGCGGGAUUCCGGUAAACCCGUCAAAUCCGAAGAGCCGAAGAAAAAGAAGAAGAAGAGCACAGAAAAGAAAGCUCAGCCAAAUGGGAGAGCUGCUGCGGAGCCGCAGGAGGAAGCCAUAGCGGCGGAGGAGACGGUGCCACAUCAGCAGCAGCAGCCCGCAGCCGAAGGCAAGGCCGAAAAGGCUUCAGAGUUGAAGAAGUCCAAGAAGAAGGCCAAACAGCCUGUUAAGGAGACAAAGACUGGGACCGCCACUGGCAAAGAACCAGAAGAAGGCACGUGGGAGACCAAGGUCAGCAACAAGGAGAAGCGUGAGCAGCGCAAGAAGGAGAAGGGUUCCAGCGAUGGCUCGGCCAGUCCUGGAGGAGGGGACGCGCGUGCGUCUCCCCCCGAGCAGCCCAAGGCCUCCGUGGCCCCGACGCCUGCCAGCCAGAAGAAGAAGAAAGGAGAAACUGCAAAAGUGAAGUCCGAGAAGAUCGAGGUUGUUGCACCUCAAGUCACCAGCAGGGAGGUGGUGGCUGCUACUGUGACUGAAAAGGCUCUAAAGGCUCCGGCUCCAAAGGCCGGCCCCUGGACCACCGCCUCAGAGCCCGCCCUGCUGUGGAGACCGGAUGUCGAUGAGUCGUGGACUGUGAUUGAAAGGGGGAUGGCCACAACCAGUCCGGUGUCUUUAUCUGGACUGGGCGUCGGUACCACUGAGCCCGCGAGCAGCCUGCCCUGGCUCAGCCCGCCCCGCGUGGACGACGAGUGGUCCGGACCCAGUUUCACAGGCGGUACGUCUGUGGACCCGAGCUCUGACUGGAACGCCCCCUCUGAAGCCUGGGGCAACUAUGAAGAGCCCGCUGCGGAGCCCCCUCCCGCCGCGGAGCCGCCGGCCCCUGAGCCCGCCAAGGUGGAUCUGCUCAUCAGAGCGGCUGACGACGAUGAAGAUGAGAAGGACAAGGGAGAGACUGCUGCCGACGCAGCGGCUAAAACUAAGAAGAAAAAGAAGAAGAAGAAGAAGGCCGCUGAGGAGGAAGAAACAGCUGGCCAGGGCGAGGAGCCGGAGAAGGAGACGGCGCCCGCAGCCCCAGUGAAGAAGCACCAGCAGCCGCCGGCAGCUCAGGAGAACGCCGCCGCCGUCCAGCCUGUCAAAGCAGCAGCCGCCGCCGCGGAGGCGCGAGUGGUGCAACCAGUGAAAGUCAACACAUCCCAGAAGCCCCCAGUCACACAAGUGCCACCGAAGCCAACUGAAGGAGAGCCCACUGCCAAGCAGAACAACCUUUCUGCUCCAACACAACAAAAAAACCCCGAGGAGAGCCAAGCGCCCAAACCAGCGAAGAAAAAGAAGGCGAGGAGAGAGACAUGAGACGCUCCCCCUCUGCACACCUGUGUAUGCAAAAGACUUCAUAUCUUGUUUAUGCAACACCUUUUGUGACCAGAACUUUGAACUACGGUCCUCAUGAUGGACUUCAACCUUGAAAAAAAAAAAAACCUGAAAAUGAAACAACUUUUUUUGGAUCGUUUAACUGAACCUAGAUGCGGUGCAAUCCAAUGCAACGCUGUGUUAUUGAUUUUUAAUUAUGCAUUUGAUACUCUUGAUUAUAUCUUCUUAUUCCAAUGAAUCAAAUAACUGAAAGAGCUGUAUUGUACUAAUUAGACAUGUAUUAGAAUACUGAUCUGUUUAGAAGUCUUGAUGUUGUGGUGACUAACGCCUGGAGCUUCCUGUGUCGUGAAUGAACGGUCAACAUGCUUUGGGUCACCGGGCCACGGUGUCCACUCGGCCUUUCGCUUCUUUUUAUUUUGCUCUCAAGUGUUUGUUGAGUAUAGCUGAGCGAUCAAAUGGUUACUUGACGCGGACGACUCGUGAACAUUUUGGACGGAGGAAAGGGAAUCCGGGCUGCUCCGCUUUAUCUGUAAGUGCAACAUUUCAACUGACCGUCCAGCCGGUUUCUUACUGGUCUGAUGUGCUGCUGUUUUUACCGUCUGAGUGCUUUGUGACCCGAGCCGUGUGGGAGCCUCCGACCCUCCGUGUACCGUCGCAGUGUCAUCGGCCUCUUCGUGACUCUCCACCUGUGGUUUAUUUAAAAGUCUUUGGAGCUUUUUGUAAAACCUGUUUGUAAUAAAAUAAAAACUAAAGCCAUAUGUAAAAAUACUAAAUAAAGGCCAGUUUUUCUUUAUCCAGA